AACUAUUCUUUUAACCAGGCUGACGAAGAUCUUCAGGUGAAGCUGGAGCACUUGGAAGACAACGGUUACCUCAACAAUACGUUACUGGUCAUUAUGGCGGACCAUGGGGCCAGGUAUACUGACGUCAGAAGAACUCUGUCCGGAAAACUGGAGGAGCGGAUGCCGUAUGUCAGUUUCCGGUUCCCGCCAUGGUUUGAGGAUCAAUACCCAGACAUCGUGCAGAACGUGAGAACCAAUGCGCACAGACUCACAACCCCGUUUGACAUACACGAGACAUUUAAAGAGGUUCUCAGAUUUACAGGGGGCGGUGUGGGUAACGUUAAAAACCGUGGGAUAAGUCUGUUUAAGGAGAUCCCCAAAUCUCGCACGUGUGCGCACGGUGACGUUGCACCACAUUGGUGCGCAUGUCUCUNAGUUUCCGGUUCCCGCCAUGGUUUGAGGAUCAAUACCCAGACAUCGUGCAGAACGUGAGAACCAAUGCGCACAGACUCACAACCCCGUUUGACAUACACGAGACAUUUAAAGAGGUUCUCAGAUUUACAGGGGGCGGUGUGGGUAACGUUAAAAACCGUGGGAUAAGUCUGUUUAAGGAGAUCCCCAAAUCUCGCACGUGUGCGCACGGUGACGUUGCACCACAUUGGUGCGCAUGUCUCUCAUGGCAUGAGGUCAACCCUAACAGUGACAUCGGGAAGAGGGUUCUCCAAGCGGCCAUAGACAACAUCAACAGUUUUACAGCGCCGUAUCGACCGGACUGUGUGGAACUGACCAUUGGUAAAGUCACCGCGAUCAGUAAACACAUGCUGAGGGAAGAGGUGCUGAGAUUUUCAGAGACG